AUGUUAACAUCAGCAGAUAUUUUAUUGGUUUUCAUUUAUGAUGGAAUUUAUCACAAAGAUUUUCAUUCAUUCUUAGAGUACCUACACAGGCGGGGGCCCAGCAGAGAGGUCUUGGGAGCUAUCCUGAAGCCCCAGGAGUCCCUGGCUCAGAUUUUUACGACCCCGGGAAAUAGCUUAGAGUCAGAAGUGCCCACGGGGAAAACAAUGGACGAGUACCACGGGAACAUUUUACAUUGCUGGCAAGACUAUAAGGGUUAUAUGGACUCUAUCAAAGAAGACGGGUGUGACUGGGCCAAAAUGACCAGGCCUUAUAGCUACCUGCAGGAUUGCUUGGAAAAGAAUGCAGAAUACUUUGGCCUGGGCUUCCCCAAUGAACUGGCAGAAGAGUUCAUCUUUGAGACUCACCUGACCCACUUUGCCACUUGCUCCCUGGUGCAGCCCACCUUCUCAGAUCCCCCAGAGGACGUGCUCCUGGCCAUAGCUCCCAUCUGCCUCAUCCCAUUCCUGGUCACUCUUGUGGUGUGGAGGAGUAAAGGCAGUGAAGCCCAGACCCAAGGAGUCUGGGCCCAAAAAGUGAUCCUCGACUUUGGAGAAAAGUUCCUUUAUGGGGGAUAUGAGGUUCAUCGCAAGACACAACACUUUGGAACUCUUACAUACACCUAG